GUCGCCGUGGGCGCCUGCGCAGUAGGGAGGGCGGCGGAGCGCAGGGGAUCGGGGCCGGAUUGCGGCUGCUCGACCCGGACGGCUGCAGCAUGGCAGAGGAGGAGUUGGAGGCGCUGCGGAAACAGAGGCUGGCCGAGCUGCAGGCAAAGCACGGGGAUCCUGGCGAUGCAGCACAACAGGAAGCAAAGCACAGGGAAGCAGAAAUGAGAAACAGUAUCUUAGCCCAAGUUCUGGAUCAGUCAGCCCGGGCCCGGUUAAGUAACUUAGCACUUGUAAAGCCUGAAAAAACUAAAGCAGUAGAGAAUUACCUCAUACAGAUGGCAAGAUACGGACAACUAAGUGGGAAGGUAACAGAACAAGGUUUAAUAGAAAUCCUUGAAAAAGUAAGCCAACAAACAGAAAGGAAAACCACAGUUAAAUUCAACAGAAGAAAAGUAAUGGACUCUGAUGAAGAUGACGACUAUUGAAUUUAAAGAUGUCAGACACUGCAACAUAAUGGAACAGUUCUAGGACAGAUAAUAUUUGGCAGAAGUUAAGAUAUGGUUGAAUGUUUACUUUGUUUAUUGUCUAUAUGCCUUUGGAAAAAUAAACUUGUUAUGUAAAAUAAAACAAUUUGGGUGAAGUUGUUUUAGUACCAUAGUACCAAGAAUGAACAGAUCUGCAUUUUGCUUUUUUUCCUUUCCUACCAAAAAAACCUAUAGCAGCAUGAAUAUAUCUUUUGUAAUUAUGAUAUUAGUGUUAGGUAGGAAAAUGGCCUUAGCAGAAACAGAAGUUGCUCGAGUGGUCUUCAGUAAGAAGAAAAUAGCAUCCAGUAACAUGGUGCGCGUUAAAGACCAUGGAUUAAACUGAACCAACUUUAAUCUCUAAUAUUUAACAUCUAAUAUUUUCAAGACACAGGUUCUGAAAGCAGGCAAGCUGUUCUUCUGACUGCAGAUAGUACUUACAUUUAAUGUAAGAAAAUUCAUAGCUUUGGUUUCAUUUAUCAUCUUUUCAACUGCAUUGAGAUACAUUAUCUAACAAAUCUUGCCUCUAUCCAAAAAGUCUAUAACUAGAGUGAUACUUCCAUUGAAAAGAAUUCCCCAAAUAACCAGGACAUACUGGUAAUAAUACUUGAACAAUGAAAACAUGUUUGUAAGAGAAAUGAUGACUUCUGAUGAUUCAAAUCUGGUUGAGACAGUUUAACAGUUUACAUUUUGGUAGAAAUGUUCUGGGUGCUUCACUGAUAAAAGUUGCAGGUAACUUACAGCAAAUGUCAUCUCUUACAUUAUGCUUUAUUCCCACUAGGUUCUGAAACCUUUACUCAUAAAUUUAAAUCAUAAAUUUAACUCUCAAGUGAGCUGUUCAGUGUAACUUUUUAGAUGUUUUAGUCCUGUGAGACCCAGCCCAGGGGCAAGUUGUAACAUUUAGAGAGAUGAAUAAGAUUAGUUCCAGAAAAGUGAUGGGAAAUGUGGUUUACAAGCCCUGUCUCUGCUUUAGCUAGCAUACUACUGAUGCGUUUAAACUAUAUUUGAGAGCUUACUCUUUUUGAGACUUGAAAUUUGCAAGUAGUGAAUGAAGAAAGUGUUGGAAUUAAAUGUCUAGCUUUCCUGAACAAAUGAACGAGAACCAUGAAGAAC